AUGGCUAAAAGAUUUGCCAUUGAAACUGUUGAUCGAAGUUUAAGAGAUAUCAUGGAUAGCACAGAAAUCUUUGGAGGAAAAGUAAUUGUUUUUGGAGGAGAUUUUCGUCAAGUGUUACCUGUUGUUCCUCAUGGUACAAGAGCAGAAACAGUUAAUGUUAGUUUUGCAAAGUCUUAUUUGUGGAGUAAGAUAGAAAAAUUGAAAUUGACAAGAAAUAUGAGAGCAAGAUUAGAUGAUGGCUUCAGUGAGUUUUUGCUUCGAGUAGGAAAUGACGUUGAACCUACAAUAAGUAAUGACUUAAUUCUUCUUCCAAAGGAAAUGGUGAUAAAAUACAAGAAUGAUGAAAUUUCCGAUAGAAAGCUGACUGACAGCAUCUUUCCUUUUCUUACAGAGAAUGCCAGGUCUAAAAAAUAUAUGAUGGAACGUGAAAGCAGAAUUUUCUAUAGUUUUGAUAAAGCAGAAGAUGAAAAUAAUAAUUGCUAUGAAGAGGAGUUUUGGAAUACACUCUCACCAAAUGGACUUCCACACCAUAAGUUGGAACUCAAAGUGAAUUGCCCAAUUAUGCUGCCAGGAAAUUUGAAUCCUUCGAUCGGGUUGUGCAAUGGGACAAGGAUGGUCUGUAAAGGAUUUGGCAAAAAUGUCAUAUAUGCAGAAAUUACAACUGGACAACAUACAGGUGAAAAAGUUCUUCUGCCAAGAAUUCCUCUUAAACCAACAGAAGAUAAAGAUUAUCCAUUUAAAUUCAUACGCAAACAAUUUCCAAUACGACUUUGUUUUGCGAUGACAGUGAAUAAAGCACAAGGGCAAACGAUACCACAUGUUGGAGUUUAUCUGCCUAAUCAUGUUUUUUCACAUGGUCAAUUGUAUGUUGCAUUAUCUAGAGGAAUCUCAAUGGCUACAACAAAAGUUUUAGUCAAAACUGAGAAUUCUAUAAAAGAAAAUGAGACAUACACAAAAAAUGUGGUUUACAAGGAAGUUUUACUUUCAGAAACAUAA